UAGGCGAUGGGAUUCUCGAUCCGACGAUUCUCCAUCAGCCCAGCCCCAGCAUGGAAAAUGAAAACUUCCCUUAAUAAAUAAGCCCACGGCCCCACACUCAGCUGUCCAUUCUUGAAUUCAUCUCUCUCUCUCUCUCUCACACUGUGCACAAACCCAGAAAACCAGAGAACCACGAGCAAACCAAAGCUAAGAUGCAGAUCUUCGUCAAGACCCUCACUGGUAAGACCAUCACUCUCGAGGUCGAGAGCAGCGAUACCAUCGACAACGUCAAAGCCAAGAUUCAGGACAAGGAAGGCAUUCCUCCUGAUCAACAGAGACUGAUUUUUGCUGGAAAACAAUUGGAAGAUGGUAGAACAUUGGCUGAUUACAACAUCCAAAAGGAGUCGACUCUUCACCUGGUUUUGAGGCUUAGGGGAGGAACUAUGAUCAAAGUGAAGACCCUCACUGGGAAAGAGAUUGAAAUUGAUAUAGAACCAACUGAUACCAUUGAUCGGAUCAAGGAAAGAGUUGAGGAGAAAGAAGGAAUUCCUCCAGUGCAGCAAAGGCUUAUUUAUGCUGGUAAGCAGCUUGGAGAUGACAAGACAGCUCGUGACUACAAUAUUGAGGGUGGCUCCGUGCUUCAUCUUGUGCUUGCUCUCAGAGGUGGCAGUAUUUAGAUAUUGAUUUUAGUAUCAGGAUACAUCUAAUUGGUGACGUUUUGUUGCAAAUUAAUACUUAAUGGACAUAUUUUUAUUGGGUUGUGGUGUGUGGAUAAACAUGUUCUGAUCAACUCUUAUACAGAUGGAAUUGUGCAUUUGUCUUUAACUAAACUAUCUUCUGUUGUCAGCUCUUCUGCUGUUAUAUAUCACUGCCUACUUUAGUUGCUA